AUGAAGAAGCAUUACAGUCGUACGAUUCUCGCCGAUAUCAACGGCGCUGCGAGAUCUGGUGAGGUUACGGCCAUCAUGGGCGCGAGCGGCUCGGGCAAGACGACGCUCCUUAACAUCCUCGCGCACCGCAUUGCGAAGGAGCGGCGGUCGGGCUCGGUGGAGCUGGACGGUACAGUGGUUCGCGGGAGUACAAUGCGGCGCAUGUCGGCGUACGUGAUGCAAGACGACCUCAUGUUUCCCGCGCUGACGGUGCGCGAGACUCUCAUGUUCGCCGCGGAGUUGCGCCUCGCGGCGCGCGGAGUAACGCAGGAGGAGAAGGAGCGAAAGGUGGAGAGCCUUUUGGAUCUGCUGGGUCUCACCAAGGUGGCCGAUUCGCUCAUCGGAAACGAGAGCCAACGCGGCGUGUCCGGCGGUGAGCGCAAGCGCGUGGCGAUCGGAGUGGAGAUGGUGAGCGAUCCGCGGAUUCUCUUUCUCGACGAGCCCACGUCGGGCCUAGACUCCACUAGCGCGUACCGCGUCGUGCGGGCGAUUAAAGACAUCGCCGUGAAGACCGGCAGCAUCGCCAUCAUGGUCCUGCACCAGCCUAGUUUCCGCGUGCUGUCGCUGAUCGACCGUCUGCUGCUCCUCGCGUCGGGGCAUACUAUUUUCCACGGGCCGCCUCCCCAGCUUCCCACGUUCCUCGCGUCAUUCGGCUGUCCCGUGCCGCAGUUCGCUAACAGCACCGAGUUCGCCUUAGAUCUUAUCGAGGAUUAUCAGCGGUCGGAGCGUGGCGUUGCGGAUCUUGUCGCAUACGCGUCGUCAUACCAGCAAUUGUCGCACAUGUCGCAGGAUUCACUUCAGUCAGCGCUCACAAAAACGAGCGUCGCAGAGAAUGUCGCCACUCCCGAAUCGAAUUCCUGCCGCUCUGGUGACACCGAUGGCUCGGUCGCCGUGCAGAUCGACGGCUGCGCGGAUCCCGCCGUCGAUGCCGCCGUAGUUGCCGCCGCAUCCGCCGCCGCGAUCACCGCGCAGAAGUCCAUAGUCGGGGAGAAAGCGGAUGACAAGGGCGCGGUGGCGGACACUCGGCGGUACGCCAACGGGUGGAUGGGCGAGCUGAUGGUUCUGACGAGACGCGCGGCCCUGAAUCUAUGGCGCACGCCAGCUCUCUACCUACUGCGACUCGCACUGGUGGCCGUGACUGGCCUCAUGCUCGCGACACUCUAUUUCAACCCAGACACGAGCUUGUCGGGUUUCCAGGAACGACUGGCGUUCUUCUCCUUUUCCAUCUGCGUGCUCUUCUUCUGCUGCCUGGACGCCGUGCCCAUCUUCAUCGAGGAGCGAAACAUCUUCAUCCGCGAAACCACGCGCAAUGCGUACCGCCCCUCCACGUACCUCGUCGCGACGACGCUCGUGUACCUCCCGCUGCAGCUCGCCAUGGCUUCGAUCUUCGUGCUGGAGAACUGGUGGGCGAUUAAUCUCACUGGCGGCGCUGCGGGGUUCUUCUUCAUGCUGCUGACGUGUUUCCUUAUCCUCUUCUCAGCCAGCUCAUUCGCCAUCGCCAUCAGCGUCGUCGUGGACCACGUUGUGCUCGCCUAUGCCGCUGGAAUCGCGCUUAUGGCCUAUUUCGCCCUCGUUAGCGGCUUCUACAUUCCCAAGUACAGCAUCCCCAACUACUGGAUCUGGCUGCACUACCUUUCGCCCAUGAAAUACGCUCCUCCAGAAAUAGUCAUUAAUGGCGGAAGGCUCGGUGCCAGGGCGAGGGAAGAAAGUUUGCGUCACUGGAGCAUCAGGGUACAUUGGAAGCAAUCUUGUCAAGCUGAAGGUUCGCCAGGGAAACUUGAACUCUUCUCAGCCAACCUAAAUGAUCCUGGAAGCUUCGAUGAAGCAGUUGAGGGAUGCGAGUUCGUGUGCCAUGUUGCUGCUAUUGCUCGUAUGAGAGCGCCGAAUCCGCAGACCAUCAUAGAUGCAGCCCUUGAGGGCACAAAAAAUGUGUUUUCUUCCAUCCUCAAGCAUAAGACAGCCAGGAAAGUAGUGCUCACCUCAUCUGUAGCAGCUAUUAUGGAUUACAGGAACAAGAAAGGGCAAGUACUGACGGAAGCAGACUGGAACCAAGACCUGAGCCUUAAAGAUCCCUAUCCGAUGGGCAAGACUCUAGCUGAAAAAUAUGCCUGGACGACAGUGGGAGACACGCAGGGUUAUCAAGGAGCUGCUGAGUGGAUGGAUGCUCAUGGCCCCUGA